AUGUCGUCGGGCGGGCCCCUCGGUAACUACUACGUGGACUCGCUCCUAGGCCCUGACACCGAGGAAGGGUACGGCGGAAGAGCGGGCGGCGGCGGCCCCGGCCGGUUCCUACCAGGGGGUCACCCCCUCGCCGCCCCCCGCCUGCCCCCCUCGGGUGCGGUAACCGAAGGGUCGGAGUUUGCCCCGUGCAGCUUUACGCCCAAGCCGCCCGUCUUCUCCUCCUGGCCCGCCGUGCCCGCCCGCCCUGCUCCGGCUCAGCCGUCCACCCCGCUGCCGGGCGUCUACCCUCCGUACGUGGCCCCGCCACCCCUUGGAGGGCCGGGCGAGGGGCCCAGGUACGUCCAUUCCUGGCUCGACCCCUACGCGGCCUUUCGCGGCAGCCACGCCGCCCUCUCGGCUGCGCCCGCCGUCGUCUCCGACCGAGACUCCGCCGCCGCUGCUGGACACCUCUACGGGAUCGGCAAGGCUGCCAGCUCCGCUUCGCUUGACCCCCGAGGCUUCGCUUCUACCGCCAGCGGCGCCCCUGCCUCCGCGUCCGCUUCUCCGGCCCCACGGACCGAGAGCUCCUCGCCCGCCGGCCGCGCCCGUGGGCCCUCCGACUACACGUGCGGCUCCUUUCUGGCAGCAGCCGGCGAACAGGCGGCGGCGGCGGCGGCUGCUGCCGGGCUGGGUGCACCCGCCCUCGCCGCCACCGCCAGCAACGCCAGCCUCAGCCCGGCCAAGCCAGCCUCUGGAGGCAGCCGUAACCCCAGCCCGCUCAGCGACCUGAAGGAGGAAAAACAGGAGCAGCAGCUCGGCCCAAAUAACCCCGCUGCAAACUGGAUCCAUGCCCGCUCCACCCGGAAAAAGCGCUGUCCUUACACAAAAUUCCAAACUCUGGAACUGGAAAAGGAAUUCCUCUUUAAUAUGUACCUCACCCGAGAACGCCGCUAUGAAGUCGCUAGGAUUUUAAACCUCACAGAGAGACAGGUUAAAAUCUGGUUUCAGAACCGAAGAAUGAAAAUGAAAAAAAUGAAUAAAGGAAAAAGGGAAUAA